GUUUUUCUGGCAAGAAAACCUCAAGAUAAUUCAAACACCGUAAAAUUUUGAAAUAAAAACAGAAAUGGGUAAAAACAAAAAGGACAAGAAAAAAGGGAAAGGUGCCGAGAAAACAUUGGCGAAGACUGAAAAGAAAAUCUCGAACAAACUCAAGAAAGAACUACAAUUGAAGGGAGAAGAUGAUAUAGAGAACAUUGUGGCACAAAUAGAGAAGGAAGAAAAGCAGAGGCUACAAGUAACUGAAACGCAAGUGGAACCACCUUCCAGAAGGCUCAACUUCAGCUUUGUUGCUCAUCCUGAUAAGGAACAGUUGAUCUUAUAUGGUGGAGAAUUCUUCAAUGGCCAAAAGACGUUCGUCUACAACGAUCUGUUCGUCUACAACAUCCCCACCGACACCUGGACCGUACUGAAGGCCCCAGGGGGCCCGGCGCCCAGAUGCGGCCACCAAAUGAUCGCCACCGCGGCCAACAAGGGCCAGCUGUGGGUGUUCGGAGGCGAAUUCGCUUCGCCUACCCAGUCCCAGUUCUACCACUACCGGGACCUGUGGGUGUUCCACAUGGCGACCAAACAGUGGGAGAAAGUUCCGGCCCCUAACGGUCCCACAGCGAGGAGCGGUCACCGCAUGGUAUUCUUCAAAAAACAGCUGUUUGUAUUCGGCGGGUUUCACGAUAAUCUCAGAGACUACAAGUACUUCAACGACGUCUAUAGUUUCAAUACUGAGACUUACAAGUGGACUAAAAUUGAGGCUAGUGGGACUGCCCCUGCUCCCAGGUCAGGUUGUUGUAUGGCAGCUUUGAAUGACGGAAGGAUAUUCGUUUAUGGCGGCUAUAGCAAAGAGAGAUUGAAGAAAGACGUGGACAAAGGACAUGUCUAUAAUGACAGUUUCAUUUUAACGCCAGAUAAAAAUGACACCACUGGUACAAAGUUCAAAUGGUUACAAACGAAAUUGGGGGGCAUACACUUUUCCCCAAGAUGUAGCAUGCCUAUAGUGGCAGCCCCUAAUAAUCUAUCUGCAUAUUGCUAUGGCGGCGUUUUCGAUGUUGAAGAAGAUGAUGAAAACCUCGCUGGUAAUUUCUUCAAUGAUUUUUAUCAGAUCGAUUUGGAGAGAUUAGUUUGGAACAAUGUCUUGCUAAGUGGCAAAAAAGACAAAGAAAGCAAAGCAAGAAGAAGGAAAAACAAAGAUGGAGAUGAUAUAGAUGACGAAGAGGAAGAGGACCAAAUGGACGUAGAAAAAACCAAGGAAAAAGUAGAACCCACUACAAUAUCAGAUGAUGGCAUUUUCAAAGUCACUCUUGGACCAGCUCAGACUAAUUCCAUAACCAAUAUUACAAAUACAGAUACCACUGUUAAAACCUUCCAACCAUCUCCAAGAAUGAAUUGUGGGUUAGCCAUAAAACACGGCAUUUUGUAUCUAUAUGGAGGAAUGUUUGAAGAUGGCGACAAACAAUUUACAUUCAGUGAUAUGUACUCCCUGGAUCUGAAAAAGUUGGACGAAUGGAAAACUGUUAUAGCUGAUGAUACUUCUGCCUUGGAAUGGUUGGGAUCAGAAUCUGAGAGUGGUGAAGAUAGUGAGGAAAGUGAUAGUGAUGAGGAGGAUAGUGAAGAAGAAAUGGAUACUGAAUAAAUGAAAUUUUAUAG